CAUCGUCUUUCAAGAUGAUUCCAGGGUCACAAAAUACCGCGUGCUACUCUUGCCACCACCACGACCGGCAGACUUAUUCGUGUAUCCAAUGCAAUAACCUCUCAUUCUGCAAUGAUUGCUGGUCAAAAUGGGUAUUGCACCAGCCAGGCGCCGUCGGUUACGACGAUAGACCCCAUGAGAAAGCGGAUGUCCAGGUUGUGCAGCGGUUGCGCCAAAUCUUAGAUCCCAAGAGGACCGAGAGCGAUCAUGAAAAGGACCUUCAGAAUGAUGACGAUACGACGUGGUUUGGUGUUGAACGAGACUCGUCAAACCAGGCUAUAUUUCAAGAUCACGGUCGCUUCACUACUCUUAUGACUGACAGCCAUUCGUCAGAACUAGGCAACCGAUAUCCCCAGCUCGUUUCGUUUAUUGGCCAAACUGGUGCUGGAAAAAGCACUUUGAUCAAGAUGCUGAUCAACCGUCUUGGUGUUGCCAAUACCGACCGUAACGCCCCAUUCCCAUCUCCCGUCACAUCCUCAAACAACGACAGAGUUCCCACAACAGGAGAUGUGCAUCUCUACGCUGAUCCCAAGACUUACUACGGCAAGACACCGAUGCUAUACGCUGACUGCGAAGGCCUUGACGGCGGUGAAACCAUCCCAAAGGGGUUGAGGCAUCGAACGAAGGAAAUUUCCGACUAUUGUCGCCAUGCUUCUCAAAGAGACAUUGCAUGGGCGGUAACGCCCGAAACCAAGAAACGCGAAUACGCCGUAACUCAAUUGUAUCCUCGCCUCCUAUACACAUUUUCUGAUGUCGUGGUGUUUGUGAUGCGAAAUCCAAGAUCGUUUGAAUCAACAGUGCUCGAAAAGCUACUUGAGUGGGGAUCAAGUUCGACAGACAAAUCUCUUAAUCAGCCCACUCUUCCUCACGCUAUUAUCGUUCUGAAUGCGACCGAGAACGUUGAUGAGAAGGAGUGGGAUGUUAGCAUAGCUACUGACUUACUACUUGACGACGUUCGUGGUGCGAUCUUCCGUGAGCCACGGUUUGAAGAGCACGCACGCAUAUUCCGACAAAGCGGGCGCAAGAUAAACUCUACGAAAGAUCUCCUCGAGUGUUAUUAUGCGUCCAUCACUAUUAUUCGAGUCCCUGCUCGUGGGAGAUAUAUGCUAAUAGACAAACAAGUCAAUAAGCUAUAUGACAUUGUGAACAAGAAGUGCCAGGCAUCAUUGCUUACUAAAAAACGAGUAAGGAUGCUUGCAACAGCUGAAAGACUUCAGAUCUAUCUUCAGGCUGCUUACGAUCAUUUCUCGAGCGAUCUUGAUACCCCAUUUGACUUCGUGAAGGAGGCAUUGAAACAUAGCCCCAUUCCGCGAGAUUUUGGUGGUAACAUUCUUAGCCUAGCGCUCUCCAUCAAACAAAAUUGCCAAGAUGAUAUGCAAAGCGAUAUCAUCAAAAUUUUCGACAGGAUGGUCCCAAUGAUAUCCUCUUGUAUCAUGUUGGACUCCAUCAGGCAGAAUCUCAUGGGCACUACUGUUCAGCUCCUAGAUGAUGCCUACGUCGAAUUUUGCGAACAAGCACUGGAGGAGUUCGCAAACCUUCACACGCCCUGUGCUUUCGUGAGUCAGCGUUCUGGGCUGCGAUGCUGCAAUGUGAAGUCAGGACACUUGCCGAAAGGCCAUCAGGACAUGAAUGGAAGGUUUAUCGGCCCCGGAGGCUACAUGUCCGACUUCGAUUUCCAUGACUAUAAACUGCAGUGGAUUGGGAACAUCAAAACCAUGCUGAAUGAGUUACAAAGCAGAUUCUUCAACCUCAGCCAUCAAUACAAGGAGAGUCCAGAUAGCUUUAUCGCGAAACAGCUGCACAAUCGGUCUAUCAAUGAUUUCUUUCGCUCCUUAGGAAACGACGCCACGCUAUUCAACAGCCAUUCGACGUGUUUUUCUUGCCUCCGAGAGCUGCCCGAGCAUGCUCUACCUUGUGGCCAUGUUCUCUGUCUCCCGUGUGUAAAGGAGUACGGUAUAAAGGUGUCAAAAACAGCAAUAGAGUUGAAACAUUGCCCGCUGCAUUCUAUAGACACGAACUGGGAUCCCCCGUGGGUUGUUGCGGUGAAGCCUGCUCAUGCGGGCGUACGUGUACUCAGCCUAGAUGGAGGUGGAGUUCGAGGCAUCGUUGCACUGCAAACCUUGAAGGCAAUCGAGCGAUAUCUUGGUCCUAAUCUGCCGAUUCAGUAUUUUUUCGAUUUGAUUGUUGGCACAAGCACCGGUGGCAUUAUUGCUCUAGGCCUUGGAGUCAACAACUGGACGGUGAAUGAAUGCAUUACUCAAUUCAAGGAGCUUUGCCGCCAAGCAUUCAUUCCUCGUGAGAUGCACGGUGUUCCCAUCCUUGAGAAACUCGCAGCUUGGAACCAUGGCAGCAUAUAUAAAACAAAGCCCUUUGAAAAGAUGCUGGAGAAAGUUUUCACUUCGAGGCCGAUUUUUGGCGGAGCCAGCGAUGAUCAUGAGAUGCUCACCAAGGUAGCUAUUACUACCACUAGCUCAAUCGCCCAGCAUGCGGUAGUUCUUGCGAAUUACAACCGCCCGGAUCCGACGGAAUAUGAUCUUCCCUACCGAUUUGAUAGGUCUGACGGACCAGCCAAGGAGUUCAAAGCCUGGGAGGCGGCCCGGGCAACAUCUGCAGCACCUCCGUAUUUCAAACCUUUCCUGAAGCACGAGACGCAAAAUAGUUUCAUCGAUGGUGCUUUGUAUCAUAAUAACCCAGUAUGGGUCGCCCAUCACGAGAGGAAGCUAAUUUGGACAGAUAAAGCCACCUCUCCCCCAGACAUCUUGCUUUCUCUUGGUACAGGGAAACAUGACGUCGAUAAUGAAGAGCCAUCACGCUCCGCACAAGCUUCAGGCGUACAAUCACCCUCCCAAGGCAAGCUGAAAGAGCGUGUUUCACAGUCAUUCCCACGCCAAAUGUUGAAUAUUGCAAUUGAUCGGAUCGAUAAAUUGCUUGAAUGCAACACCAUAUGGAAUAACUACUUGGCAGAAAAUACAUCUUCGGAUUUUGGUAGGAGUAAUAACCUUAUCAGGCGACGAUUCAUUCGUAUCAACCCAGACCUACGGUUCGAAGUUCCUCGUCUCGAUGCUGUCAAGGAAUUGGAACGGCUCGAGAAGGCUGCGAUCCAUAACCUUAAACAAAACUCCCCAAGGAUCAAAGAAAUUGCGCACAGACUGAUUGCAAGCUCUUUUUUCUUUGAGAAGGACUCUGGGUCAGUCAGAUCAAAUACCACUGGCUAUGAAUGCACAGGUUCGAUACAUUGCAGAUUUGCGAAUUCCUCGGAGCAAAUGAAAGCCAUGGGUGUACUUCUCAGAAGAUGCCUGGGUGAUCACUUUGAACCGUUCUUUACCAUAGAGGAGGAAGGUCAUCACGAUCGGGGCUCUCGGGUCGUCAUUACUGAGGCUAUAAUUAGCGAUAUGUGUCUUAGGGGAAUCUUCCCACUCGAUAGUAUACGGAUACAGAUGUCGAAAGAACUUGCGGUCACCAUCAUCUCGCUGUCGCUGCAGAAAGGACCCUACCCUCACACUGCAGACGCGCUGCUGCCAAUCAGUGGAUUCCCACGAGAACUGGUCACCGAAGAAAUUGAGCUAAAAGGUUAG